AUGAUAAUCCCCAUCAGGAGUGCUUGUCAUGAUUUGGACGAGACCAAACAAAAGGAGAUCCAAUUGACCAAAGCAAGCAAAUGGAUUAGCGACGGGAUUGGUUUGAAGAACAGAGGCAAAUAUGCGGAAGCACUUCCUCUUUUCCAAGAAGCUCUUGAGAUUAAUUUCAAGAUUCUUGGAAAUUGCCCCACGGUGGCGGUCUUGGCUAUCUGCAAUUUGGGCACCUGCUUGUUCCAUUUGGAGCAAUACGACGAGGCGUUGAGGAACUACCGAAAAGCACUUGAUAUUCGUCUGGUAAUAUGCGGAGAUCGUCAUGCUGACACUGCUUGGUCGUACCAAAAUAUCGGGAUGACAUUGAACAGUCAACAUAAACAGGACGAAGCAUUGACGAAUCACCGAAAGGCACUUGGUAUUCGUCUGCGUGUAUUCGGCAAGUAUGAUCUUUCAACUGCUCAAUCAUACGACAAUAUCGGGCUUGUCUUGCGCGAUCAAAAGGAGUAUGACAAAGCAUUGACGAGCUUCCAAAAGGCACUUGAAACUCGUCUGAUACAAUGCGGGCACAAUAGUAUUGGCACUGCCAAUUUGUACCAAAAUAUCGGAUUUGUCUUGGGUCAUCAAAAGAAACAUGACGAAGCAGAGCAGCACUGUCAGAGAGCGCUUGAUAUUCGUUUGGACUUUUUUGGCGAUCGUAUUGAAGAAGAUACCGCCGAGUCGUACUUCGGAAUUGGAAUUGUCUAUGAGAACCAAGGGAAAUAUAAGGAAGCUAUGGAGGCACUUCGUCAAGCUCUCGACAUUCAGUUGGAAGUCCUUGGUAAUCGUCAUAAAAAGGUUGCCAAAACGUACAAACGCAUGGGAACAGUAUUGACCGAACAAAGCCAACAUGCCAAAGCCACCGCCAUGCACCAACGGGCUCUUGAAACUAUAUUUGGACCAUGA